GUAUUGAACUACUUUUUCUGUCAAAUUUGUUGUAUAACAUGAUGUUUUGGUGCUUAAUUUGUAAAAUCAUAACCUAAUUUGAUGUUAAAUAGGCCUUUCCUUAAUCUCUCCUUAUUAUCCAACAUAUUCACUUAUCCAGCAUUCUGCUGGCCUGUUUACGUUGGAUAAGCGAGACUCUACUGUACUUUUUCCGUCAAAUUUGUUGUAUAACAUGAUGUUUGGGUGCUUAAUUUGUAAAAUCAUAACGUAAUUAGACUUUUCCUUAAUCCCUCCUUAUUAUCCAACAUAUUCGCUUAUCCAACGUUCUGCCGGCCCGUUUAUGUUGGAUAAGUGAGACUCUCCUGUAAUCGCGGGCAGAGAGGGCGUGGCCUGCGACUCCUGGGCGGCCCGAAGCCGGCCAGCCAAUCAGCACGGGCUUCAUUUGCAUACGCGAGGGGCGGGGCCUCCGGAAGCGUGGGAACGGAGGGCGCCGAAGCCGGCGAGGGAGCAGCCAGCCAAUCAGCGCCGCCCUGAUUUGCAUGCAGAAGAGAAGGUAAUGGCUCACCGAUGAUCCCAGUGGAUCCAGGGAUCUCCCAUUGAAGGCUGAAGGAAGGCAGGCCAUGGCUUCCCUCCUGCAAAGGAUGUUUCAGGCCCGGGUCCUGAUCCUAACCGUCGUUGCGGCCGGAAUCGGGGGCUGCUUCCAGUAUGGAUACAACCUCACCAUCAUCAACGCCCCGACGGAGCCCCUCCAGGCCUUUGCCAACGCCUCCUGGUCCGCGCGCUGGGGGUCUCCGCUGGGGGCCUUUGGGACGAGGCUGUGCUGGUCGCUGGUGGUCUCCCUCUUCCCCCUGGGGGGCCUGGCGGGGGCGCUGCUGGCCGGACCCCUGGCCCUCAAGGCAGGGAGGAAGAAAUCUCUGCUCCUCAACAACGCCUUUGUCCUCCUCUCGGCCGUGUUGGUGGUCAGUAGCCGGGCAGCAAAGUCCAUCGAGAUGGUCUUCCUGGGACGCUUCCUGGCCGGAGUCAACGCUGGGGUGGGGCUCAGCGUCCAGCCCAUGUACUUGGGGGAGAGUGCCCCCCGGGACCUCCGCGGCUGCGUCUCCUUGACCUGCGCCAUCUUCACGGCCCUCGGCCUGGUCCUGGGCCAAGUGGUGGGGCUCAGGGAGGUCCUGGGGUCGGAGGGGGCCUGGCCCUUCCUGCUGUCCAGCAACGCCGUCCCGGCCGUCCUGCAGCUGGCCCUCCUGCCCUGGGCCCCCGAGAGCCCCCGCUUCCUCCUCAUCGACCGGAAGGACCCCAAGGCCUGUCUCCAGGCGCUGCGGAGGCUGCGUGGCCCGUCGGGGUCUCUGGAGGCGGAGGUGGGGGAGCUCCUGGCGGAAGAGGCCGCCCUCCGGGGGAAGGCCCCCCCCUCGGCCCUGGGCCUCUUCCGCACCCGCGACACCCGCUGGCAGCUCCUCUCCGUCGUGGUCCUGGCCUCCGCCAUGCAGCUCUGCGGGAACGACUCCAUGUACUCAUACGCCUCGCAGGUCUUCCGGGAGGCCGGGAUCCCGAGGGAGCGCAUCCAGUACUGCAUCAUCGGCACCGGAGGCUGCGAGCUGCUGACCGCCCUGCUCUGCACACUGGUCAUCGAGAGGGUCGGACGGAGGGUCCUGGUGGUCGGUGGCUAUGGGCUGAUGUCCGUCUGGGCCCUGGUCUUCACCUUCGCCCUCUACUUCCAGGAGAGCGUGGAGUGGAUGCCCUACGUGAGCAUGGGCUGCAUCUUCGCCUACAUCCUCAGCUUCGGCAUCGGACCCGCCGGGGUCACGGGGGUCAUCCCCACGGAGGUCUUUGACCAGGUCUCCCGCCCGGCCGCCUACAUGGUCGCAGGGUCUCUCCUCUGGGGGAACCUCUUCCUGGUCGGGACCGCCUUCCCCUUCCUCCUGGAUGCCCUGGGGCCCUUCUGCUACCUGCCCUUCCUGCUGGUCUGCCUCUCGGCCGCCCUCUUCCUGGGCCUCUUCCUCCCGGAAACGCAAGGGAAGACCUUCCUGGAAAUAUCCGCCGAGUUCCAGAAGCGCAACUUCCGCCAAGGCCAAGCCCCCCUCGAGGUCCGCACGGAGGAACAGGAAGAGGAAGAGGAAGAGGAAGAAGAGAGGGCCACUGCACUUUGAGAGGGACCUGGGGGUCUCCUUUCUUCCGCUGCUGCUUCCAGGGAGGCCUUGGCUCUUUGCACUUUUAAAGCAACUCAGACCCUUUUGACGCUGGAAUGGAGGCCCAGCCCCUUCCUAAGGCCUUAAUGUACACACACACACACACACACACACACACAUAUAUAUAUAGAGAGAGAGGACACUGCACUGCAUAAUCCAUAGUCUUCACACUGGUGCAUGAGAGGAAAGCCUCUUUCCAAAUCAAUACCAAUCAUAUUUAUUAUGAAUAUUGAAUUCAUUUUUUGAUAUAUUAUUAUUAAUAAUAAUAUUUUUAUCAAUAUAUUAUUAUCAUCAUCAUUGAUAGUGACAAAAUCAUGUUAGUUUGACCUCAAGAAAUCAAUGCAAUCGCUAGGAAACCGUAUUUAUUAUUAUUAUAAGCAUGACACAGGAAACAAGAUAGACAUGCUGGAUUUCGUAUCACAAAAUCACAAGUCGAACACUUCCCAAGUGUCUAGGACUGUGUGAUGUAUUUUCAGAUGAUGCGUGCAGAUCCCAGUCGGGUGGCCUUUUGCAGCUGGCAGAUCGUAAUUUUGUCAAUGUCUAUUGUUUCCAAAUGCCGGCUGAGAUCUUUUGGCACGGCACCCAGUGUGCCCAUCACCACCGGGACCACCUGCACUGGUUUCUGCCAGAGUCUUUGAAGUUUGAUCUUGAGGUCCUGAUAGCGGCUGAGUUUUUCCUGUUGUUUUUUGUCAAUGCAACUGUCACCUGGGAUGGCGACAUCAAUGAAUAUUGAAUUUAUUUUUUGAUAUAUUAUUAAUGAUAAUAUGUUAUCAAUAUAUUAUUAUCAUAGGGUGGUUGUAUGUCUUUCAGGCUGUGUGGCCAUGUUCCAGAAGUAUUCUCUCCUGAUGUUUCGCCCACACCUAUGGCAGGCAUCCUCUGACAGCGGGGAUGAUGGGUAGCAGAGUGAAAUCCAAAAAUUCACCAUCCCGGUCUGCCUCCUUCUUUCCAGACUGUCUCCCGGUGUGGAAAACAGCACUGGACAAACUCACUCCAGUAGAUGAGGGUUCAGUUGGUAGUCCAACGGCAAACAACUUUAUUUACAUGUCCUAUUUACAGACAGAGCAAAUUCAGUCCUUUCUCCUCCAUGAGUCCUUUCCGAGAGACUCAUGCACACUCACAGCCAUUGCUCAUCGCUGUUCUCCGCUCGACACACGGAAACCUAACUAACUCCCCUGCAUUCCACAGGAAUUCCACAGGAACAAGAUAGUACGUCCCGGUCAAAACACACUUGACCCCAUUGGUCCUGUGAUACAUCAAUCAUAGCAGACUCUCAUUAACUCCAUAAUUGCUGAAUCCAGAUUGAUUUUAACAUUUCACAAUACACAAUACCCUGACAUCCUCAGAGGUUGUGAGGCAUGGAUAAACUAGGCAAGGAAGGUAAAUAUAUAUCUGUGGAGAGUCCAGGGUGUGGGCGAAACGUCAGGAGAGAAUACUUCUGGAACAUGGCCACACAGCCCGAAAGACAUACAACAACCUGGUGAUCCCGACCAUGAAAGCCUUCGACAACAUAUUAUCAUCAUCAUCAUUGGUAAUGACGAAAUCAUGUUAGUUUGACCUCAAGAAAUCAAUGCAAUCACUAGGAAACCGUAUAUUAUUAUUAUUAUUAUUUUAUUAUGACACUGCAAACAAGAUAGAUAUGCUGGAUUUCGUAUCACAAAAUCACAAAUCGAACACUUCCCAAGUGUCUAGGACUGUGUGAUGUAUUAUUAUUAUUAUUAUUAUUAUUAUUAUUAUUAUUAUGACACAGCAAACAAGAUAGAUAUGCUGGAUUUCGUGUCACAAAAUCACAAGUCGAACACUUCCCAAGUGUCUAGGACUGUGUGAUGUAUUUUCGGAUGAUGCGUGCAGAUCCCAGUCGGGUGGCCUUUUGCAGCUGCUAUUAUUAUUAUUAUUGUUAUUAUUAUUAUUAUUAUUAUUAUUAUGAAUGAUGAAGUCAUCUUAGUUUGACUUGAAGAUCAAUGCAGUCCCUAGAAAACUAUAUUAUUAUCAUUAUCAUUAUUUUUAUUUAUGAUUAUGAUGAAAUCAUGUUUGUGUUGUCGAAGGCUUUCAUGGCCAGGAUCACAGGGUUGUUGUGUGUCUUUCGGGCUGUGUGGCCAUGUUCCAGAAGCAUUCUCUCCUGACGUUUCGCCCACAUCUAUGGCAGGCAUCCUCAGAGGUUGUGAGGUAUGGAGAAAACUAAGCAAAGAGGUAAAUAUAUAUAUAUAUAUAUAUAUAUAUAUAUAUAUAUAUAUAUAUAUAUUCAACAAAUGCUACGGUCAGCGAAGGACAAGAGGGAUCCUCUCUCUUCUGCAGGAGUCUACCGGAUACCAUGCAGCUGUGGACAAGUCUACAUAGGGACCACCAAACGCAGCGCCCAAACACGAGUCAAAGAACAUGAAAGGCACUGCAGACUAAUUCAACCAGAGAAAUCAGCCAUAGCAGAGCAUUUGAUGAACCAGCCUGGACACAGAAUACUAUUUGAGAACACAAAAAUGCUGGACCAUUCUAACAACUAUCAUGUCAGACGACACAGAGAAGCCAUUGAAAUCCACAAGCAUGUGGACAACUUCAACAGAAAGGAAGAAACCAUGAAAAUGAACAAAAUCUGGCUACCAGUAUUAAAAAACUCAAGAAUCAGAACAGUAAAUAAAAAGCAAUACUCUGAAAACAGAGGAUUUCCAGACAUGAAUCAACCUAGGGCAGUUAACGACUCUAAACAAAGGAUGCCCCAGAGGCAGGAAGAAGACAGCAGAUAAGCUUUUCAAUGCUAAUUUAAGUGAUUAACUACACACAUUCACACUGACCUCUCUCACCCUAGACUUUCCACAGAUAUAUUUACCUCUUUGCUUAGUUUUCUCCAUACCUCACAACCUCUGAGGAUGCCUGCCAUAGAUGUGGGCGAAACGUCAGGAGAGAAUGCUUCUGGAACAUGGCCACACAGCCCGAAAGACACACAACAACCCUGAAAUCAUGUUUGUUUGACCUGAAGAAAUCAAUGCAAUCUCUAGGAAACCGUAUUUAUUAUUAUUAUUAAGAAUUUUUUUUUAGAAGAAAUCAACCCAAUUCCUAGGAAAACCUAUUAUUAUUAUUUAUUAUGAUUAUGUUGAAAUUAUGUUAGCUUGAUCCAAAGAAAUCAAUGCAAUCUAUAGGAAAUUGUAUUUAUAUUAUUAUUAUUAUUAUUAUUAUUAUUAAAUUAUUGCUAUUUUUCAGUCAAGCCAUCAAUGCAAUCCUUAUGAAAUACUAUUAUCAUUAAUUAAUGAUUUUUUAAAAUGGUGUCAGAAGAGACUUAAGAGCAUCCUGCAAGUACCUUCUGUUGUGAGAUAACUGGCUGUCUGCAAGGACAUUGCCCAGGGGAUAUUGCCAGGAUGUGUUACCAUCCUUGUGGGAGGCUUGUCUCAUGUCCCCACAUGGGAAGCUAGGGCUGACAGAGGGGAGCUCACCCCAUAUCGCGGAUUCGAAACGCAACCUUCAGGUCAGCAGUUCAGCCGGCACAAGGGUUUAACCUAUUGCGCCACCAUUAAUUGCUCCUUCCAUUAAUGAUUGCAAAACCCUUUUUCCUUCCUGCAAGACCUACCUCAAAAGAGACAAUCUGUAUUUUGUUCUAUUUCUGUGAACCCAAAGUGGAAAAAUAAUAUUCCUUUUGUUUUGGGGGAUAUGAUGCUUCAUAUAUAUAUAUAUUAUAUAUAUAUAUCUAUAUCUAUAUAAUUUUAAAAGAAUUCCUUCUUGCAAAAUAUUGUGGACAGUGACGCAUGAGAAUGAAUUAUUUCUUACUCAGGAAAUAAGAAACGCCGGUCUUGUACUCGGUGGGAAUGAAACCAAUAAAUACUAUUAUUUCUUAGUA